CCUAAUCAACUAGCCGUCUCUCUGGUUCUCUCCCAGGAUGUGUUCUUGAUAUGCUUCUCCCUGGUCAGUCCGGCCUCCUUUGAGAACGUCCGAGCUAAGUGGUACCCCGAGGUGAGACACCACUGCCCCAACACACCCAUCAUCCUCGUGGGCACCAAGCUGGAUCUGCGAGAUGACAAGGACACCAUUGAGAGGCUGCGAGACAAGAAGCUCUCCCCCAUCACCUACCCACAGGGCCUGGCCAUGGCGAGAGAGAUUGGCGCCGUGAAGUACCUGGAGUGCUCUGCGCUGACCCAGCGAGGCCUGAAGACGGUAUUCGACGAGGCCAUCCGAGCCGUGCUCUGCCCUCCGCCUGUGAAGAAGAGGGGGAAGAGGUGCACCAUGUUCUGAGGAGGAAACCUUGCUCCAACACUACACUACAUCACCAUGUACAACAACCACUACUUCUCUGAGAGGAUGAGAGAAAACUAGCGAGAGUGAGUGUGCACUGCUGAGAUUGCUUUCUUUAUAUUGAUGUUUUUUCAAAGCGACAUUGGUAUACUUAAUCCAAUUUUUUUACCAUAACUGAAUAGGCUCAUAGGUUCUCUGUGAAAGACAUUGACUGUCCACCUACUUUGUACUCAUAGAACCACAUCAAGUUGCCAUGAGGGCUGACAUUUAUAUUUACUGCAUUCUGCAACAUCUCUUCUUUUCCGCCAUGCUUGCUUGAAUUAAUGCACUGUUGACGAGAUGGAAAGUGAACUAUGAAUACGCCUUCAGGUCUGAAGUUACCCUCAGCUCCUGAUCUAAGAUCAGCAUGCGCAGACGCAAUGCGUAUUACUGGCAUGCACACAAAUCUGUUGCUACUGACAGUGGAAAAAAAUGAUGCUACUGCCUGCGUUCACUAAACUUCACAAAUAGAGCAUGGCGUCUUAAAUGUUAAGUCAUUUGGGUUUUUCACAAGAAAUGAGAGUGAUGAGUUAAAGGGAAAUUCUAAUCUCUUACAAAAUGUUUUCUGUAGUUUUGGCCCAUCAUUCCAACCAGUAAUAACGUAAAUGCUGAGAUUUCAGGAACCUGAUGAGUCAAGAAACACAAGAAAGUGCUUCAACGCAACUGCACAGCUGUCGUCCAUCUUUGAGCCUUCUCCUUAGAGGACCCUGAGUCUAAGCCUAGUUUCAUUUUUCAACCUGGUCCCUACUUUCCCAUGUUUUUAUGUGUAAGUGACUAAUGGGGACAACAAUUUAGCCACCAAGCUGCGAGGGCAACUCCUCACCGUCAAUACACGUCCACUAAAAGUCAUUUCUGUUGCCUCUGACGGGCUCAGAUUAUUGUUAGUGCCUGACAACGUUAUGAAAGAACCUGAUGGAGAGGGAAGAGAGACGUCUGAAUAAAACUGAACCAUCCUGGAAAACUGUCUAUCAGCUAUUAUUUUAGUUUGAUGUUGCAAUUGCGAUAUGAUUUGCGAUGAAAAAUAAGAUAAACGAUCAUUUUCAAAUCAUUUAUCUCAUUUUUAUUGAAAAAUGAUCAUGGAGAGGAUCUGUCUCAAACAAAGUUAAGUGUGUAGAAGAUGAUGUGUAGGUCAGCACAUCUCUGCAGCACCACAACAAUUCAUUUAAAAAUGCUAUUCAGACACACAACUCACCAACACACACUAUGCCUCCUGCGAUUUCAACGUUUAGAUAAAAUGUAGAUUUGUGCAGCCACAGGUCUGAAGUCUCAUGAGAGGCGGCUUGUUGCCGGAAGACAGCGGUAAGAGUGUGAGUGAGAGUUGGAGAGGGGCGUCCCGGGAAGAGUGAGAGUGGAGGAGGACAGAAAGCUUAGCUUAGUGUUAUCUAAAAGAUUUUAAAUGUCAUGGCUGAAUAUUUCGAGGACUUGGACUCGAUGGCCGCGCGUACAGACGAUACAGAAGCUGUGACCCUACGCACCACAGAGGAAGAACCCCACAUUCAGAUCUCACUACGAGGCUGGGUGAGACACAACAACAAACACAAAGUGAAAGACAAAGAAGAAGGUUCUAUUUCUCCGUAGGGUUCUCUUCAUAAUGUUGUCAGACACAAUCUGAGCCUGUCAGGUUAAAAACAACACUUUUACUGGAUGUUCAUUGGCGGUGAGGAGUUGCCCCGAGCGAUUCCAUUACAGUUCGUUCAGCGGUUCCCUCUACAGCGCUCUCCCUCAGUGCUGGACCCAAUAUUGUUGUCCCCGUUAGACACUCACAAAUACAUGGGAGGAUAGGGUCCAGGUUUAAAAAAAAUACCCAAGUUACCCCUUAAGACCGUCAUUGUUUCUGUUUCGUGCUAAUAUGUUGCAUAUUGCCAAAUCAGCGUAUUUACAGUGAGAGGGAACGAGGCGGUGCUCAUGCUCCUCGUCUUUUCAAACAUCUCAGCACUUCUGUGAAACGAGCUCAAAGGAAUGGAUGCUGGUAGGAAUGAUGGACAGAACUAUGAGUGUGUUCCUCUGAAAGGAGCGUACCAAAGUGAACCCAGCACCACAUCAGAAGUAAGAGUGGUGACCUUUAACCCCGGCCUCUCUGAACUCAUCACUUGCUCUGGGCUUUUCAUCAUUUAGCCUUCCACAACAACAUACAGCUUACUCUUGACCCUGUUGAAUAGUAGUUAGACCAACAAAAAGAUUUAUGAGUUAUCAGGUCCACUCACUUGGUUUUACCGGAGCUUUCAGGCGCCUCGCUGCCUGAUCAGCACAGAGUUAGAGUUAGAUGCUAUUUACAGGGUGGAGAGUUCAAAUCUGAGCUUUUAACUGCAUCUCACGGUGCUCAUUGACAAGGAGAGGAGGGCCCUCUGUGGGUUAUCCACAGAGUGAACCUUGAGUUUAGAUCAUUUAGUCAAAUAAAAAAAAAACAUUUUGCUGUCUCACCUGAUCUGUGCUGUCGUUUUAUGGUGGAAAGAAUAAUCACAGUCGUGUUCUUACAUGUGAUCUUAGUCCAGUGUCUUUGGGUAACUUCAUCUAACUGUGAACACGUGACAGACCAGCAUGCCAAACAUGGGGGCUGUAAACCCUGCUGCCUGAGUUCUGCCUCUGGGGCUGGAGAAGCUUGCAUGGGUCUAAAAAUAUUCUGUCUUAACUUAUCCCAUUAUUUUAGAUCUUGUCUCUGUUCCUCUGUGUGUGUGUGUGUGUGGGUGAGUGAGUGUGUGUGUGUGUGUGUGUGGACGAGCAUGUGUCGGUGUCAGUGAGAUGGCUUUGUGUCACGGUUUGGGGGCAGUCCAUAAAAGACAUUAUUGUUUUGAGCCAAGUUUUUUAGUGUCCAGUUUUUUGGUACUAUUUCAUAUUGUAUUGUAGUAAUACACAAGACUUUUCAACAAUCUGUGGACAUAAAGAAAGAAAAAAAAACAGGAUAUUAAUGACAUCUAGUGAUGUACAGAAUAAUCCUUAGAAAAGGAAUGCGUUAUGAAUAUCUACAUGUACCUGAAUAUUUAGCUCUUAAAACUAAAACAAUUGAAACUAAAGGGAUUAUAGUCGCUUGUGUUGAAGUUAGAAGUGUUGCUAACAGUGUACAAUAAAGGGGCCGAUCUUUGUGGUGUUUGUCAUUGCGGCAAACGUUGCAGGUUGCGCCUUUCUGAAAUGCAUUUCUGUGUGGUUACAGGCCGCAGUGUGUCUGUCUCCCUCGUGUGGUGAGACGCAGCACUGCGGCACACUCCGUCACGCUGUCUUUGGUUGGCAUAGCAAACUGUGUGGUUGACUCAUGUCGUGUGGUCCUGCCUAGCUAAGGUGUUGAACUGUAGAUGAGAAAAACGCAGCGAAACAUUCUAAUCUACUAUUGCAUGGAAGUUCUCUGGUUAUUUGACCCACUGUAAUUCUUAGGAGAGGUUGUAUAAUGAAAUGCAUUGGCCAUGUAUGUAUGUAAUGUAAGAUGACUUGUAUACUUGUUCCAACUGUUUGUCUUAUUUUUUAUUACUUCACAUGUCUGUGUGGUGAAAUAUUUCAAUUUUUUGUAUACUAAAUACAAAUGUAUAUGUAAGGCACUCUGUGUUCUGUCAUGAUUAGUUGAUUUUUGGUUUCUCUUUAUGACCCAUAACAUGUGAGAACAUUAAAGAAACAGAAGUAAAGUUA